AAUUCUUUAAGAACAAAGAGGCAUAUUCUCGCGAUCGAACAACGUAUUUUACAAUGUAAACAUAAUUACAUAAAAGUCAGUAUUAAAAAUGUGGCGCAGCAGUCUGGCAAAUUGAAAGAAUACGAAGGUCGGAAACUUAUCGGGUUUUCAAUGGAACAAAUUUACACUGUGGUAGCAGAUGUAGAGAAUUAUAAGAAAUUUGUACCUUUUUGUAAGAAGUCAGAGAUUAUUUAUAAAAAAGAAAAUUUUCUCAAAGCUAAUUUAGUUAUAGGAUUUCCUCCUCUUACCGAAAGUUAUACUUCUGAAGUAUCAAUGGUACCUUCUCGUCUUGUUAAAGCAGAUUGUACUGACGGUAUAUUAUUUGAUCAUUUGAAAACAUUAUGGAUUUUUAGUCCAGGUUUAAAAAAUAAUGCAAAUACAUGUGUAAUAGAUUUCUCUUUAUCGUUUGAAUUUAAAUCAAUCAUUCAUUCUCAUUUGUCUAAUUUGUUUUUUAAUGAAAUUGUAAGACAAAUGGAAAAUGCUUUUGUUCAAGAAGCAGAAAAGAGAUAUGGUAAACCAUGCUUAAAAACAGUACGAUUAGAAAGAUGACGAAAAUAAGAUAUUUAAUAUAUAUUCAUUGAUAAUUAUAACAAUUGAAAGAAUAAUUAAUUUAUUUUAUUUGA